UAGUUAACCAUAGAUAGAUAGAUAGAAUUAGAAGUAGGGCAUGUCAUCAUGUGAAGCUGGCAGGGUGGCACUGUUCCAGCUAGGACCAACCUGCUCCCCGCGGAUGGUAUAAAAAGCAACAAGUGAGAGAAGAAACAACGUAUAAUUCCCACGCACAAAUCUUCUUUCUUUCUCUCUCUCUCUCUCAGGCGUGCCAUUAUAGUUUUCUUCAAGCUCUGUAUAACAGGAAUCCAAAUUACCCCAUAAUCAAUGACUCUUGUCUCCAUUGUUCCCUCCCCAUUCCACCUUCCCUACUCAUCCUCUCUCUGCUCUCCUCUGUAAUUUGUCUCUUGGCAUCAUUUCUCUGUCUCUUUUCUGCAGCUUUUGACCCCUUCAACCCCAGACACUACUCGAUUAUCUCUGCUUCCCUCUAUAUAGCUAUGGAUGCCUAUGGGUUUCAGAGGAGAGACAGGGAGAUUCCCACUUCUAAUAACCCUUCUUUCUCCUCCACUCUGCUCGACGCUAUUUAUCGCUCCAUUGACGGCGGGGGAGAAGGGGAGGAAGAAGAUUUGGUGGGUUUUGGAGAUUCCAUGAGGAAGAAGAAGCAGAGUAACUGCUCUGUGAUUAAGGGGAGCUGUAAAAAUGGCGGCUUUCUUGAAGAUGAUGUGGCGGGGUUGCGGCGGGUGUGCAUGAUUGAGAAGUGGAUGGAGCAAAAGGUGGGCGAGCAGGCGGUGGUUCGCCGGAAGUCCACGGCGGAGGUGGAUAGGAAGAUGAGGGCUUGGAACUCUAGCUCUAGCGGCUCCUCUGAUUCCAGCUGCGGCGGGGUUUUCUCGUCGUCGGAGGCGGAGUCGGUCGUCGGAGUUUCCUCCGGCUCGUCGUGCUACGGACUGAACCGGCCGAAACCGAAGCCGGUCCGGACCGGGAAGGAGCUCGGGUCCCAUGAUCAUCAUCACUACCCCCCGCAAGUGAAGACGAAGAAAUCCAGAGCUCUCAAGAUUUACGGCGAUCUGAAAAAGGCGAAGCAGGGGCCCAUUUCCCCCGGCGGCCGGCUAGCCAGUUUCUUAAACUCCCUUUUCACUGCAAAGAAGGCGAAAUUCUCCGACGAGGACAGGAAGGUAAAAUCCGCAAACGCCUCCACGUGCUCCUCCGCCUCCUCAUUCUCACGCUCCUGCUUGAGCAAGACCACCACUCCCUCCUCCUCCUCCGCCGCCGGAAAACGGUCGGUGCGGUUCUACCCUGUGAGCGUGAUCGUCGACGAGGACAGCCGCCCAUGCGGCCACAAAAACCUCGAACUCUCCGUCAAAGAAGAGCUGCAACUCCGCGUCAUGGAGAAGAACCGCCGCGUCGAGGAGGCGGCGAGGGACUUGCUAAGGAACUACCAGAAAAAGGUGGAAAGAGAGUUCGAUUUGAGAAACACCAACGUCGUAAAAAACCUUAAAGUCUUCGAAAACGUCGAGGACGACGACGACGAGGAGGAUGACGACGCCGCUAGUUACGCCAGCUCCGACCUCUUCGAGUUGGAUAAUCUUUCCGCCAUUGGAAUGGAGAGGUACAGCGAAGAACUGCCGGUGUACGAAACCACCCAUCUUGACACCAAUCGAGCCAUUGCCAAUGGAUUAAUUUUGUAAUUUCAAGAAAAAAAAAGUGUAUUAAUUUCUAGUAAUUACUGUUAUUAUUAUAAUUAAUUACUAUGUUAGUUAUAUUGGUUUGGGGGUUUACAAUAUAAUCAAAGAGAAAUAAAAUUUCUCUAUGAUAUA